CUACUCCCAAUAUAAAUAAACCACUGACCACUGGAGAAAGUCAGUGUGUGUUUGUUUUUUUUGAGAGUUUUUGCUACGCAGGAGAUGAUGAUGUUCGGUCAUUCUGGCACCGGAGGAGGUUUCCUCCCCGCAAAACUACAGGUUUUUCCGGUGGACUACGAGGCCGACGUUUCGCAACGCCUCCUUGAAGCUUCAUCCUGCAGCGAUCUCAAAUCGGCCUUUGACUGCAUUGACGAUCCCUACCUUGACGUCAACUUCGUCGGCGCUGUUUCCUUGAAGGUUCGUAUGGCGGAGGUUCAAUGUCGCGAUGAAUCGGAGAAUGUGGUGCGAUUUGAGUACCAGGAAGUCAAAACCGACGUUACUGCUUUGUUCGUCGCCGUUCAUACCGGAAAUGCGACACUCGUCAGAAAAUUACUGAGUCGUGGGGCUGAUGUGAAUCAGAAACUGUUUAGAGGGUUUUCAAUGACAGCGGCAGUGAGGGAGGGCCAUGUUGAGAUAUUUGAGAUGUUAAUGAAAGCCGGUGCUUCUCAGCCGUGUUGUGAGGAGGCUCUGUUAGAUGCCAGCUGUCAUGGAAGAGGUGGAAAGUUUAUUGAGUUGCUUAUGGCGUCUGAUUUUAUUAGACCACAUAUUGCUGUUCAUGCUCUUGUCACUGCAUGUUGCAGGGGGUUUGUAGAUGCUGUUGAUGAUCUCUUGAAGUGUGGGGUAGAUGUAAAUGCGUCUGCUAGAGUACUUCUUUGCUCAUCUAAGCCUUCUCUCCAUACAAAUAUCAACUGUACAGCCCUUGUCGCAGCUGUUGUUAGUAGACAGAUUGCUGUUGUUCGUCUCUUAUUGCAGGCUGGGGCCAAUACCAAUACCAUGGUCCAACUAGGAGCAUGGUCAUGGGACAUAACUUCAGGUGACGAAUUUAAGGUCGGCGCCGGCUUAGCAGAACCGUAUGAUAUCACUUGGUGUGCUGUCGAGUACUUCGAAUCUAGUGGUACCAUAUUACAAAUGUUACUCCAACACAUAUCUGUUGACACGUGUCACAAUUCUAGAACCCUCCUCCACCACGCCAUACUUUGUGGUAACACAGGAGCCGUCAAAACGUUAAUAAACCUCGGGUCUGACGUGGAAUCCCCUAUCAUAACCGCCAAACAAAACGAAACCCGACCCAUUCACAUGGUUACACGCCUCGGGUUUCCGUCAAUCCUUCUAGAACUUAUAUCCUCUGGGUGCGAUAUCAAUUCUAGAACCAAACACGACAAUGAAACCGCUCAAAUGAUAGCCGCCAAAUUCAAACAAGAAGAAUGUCUCCGAGUUUUGACCAAUGCCGGCGCUGAUCUUGGUUUAGUCAACUCAGCGGGUCAAUCGGCUGAGUCGAUAGCUGAGUCAACUCGGUGGUCGUUUACCUUUCAAAAAACGGUUUUAGACGUUAUAAGAUCCGGAACAUUACCUACAUCAAGUAAUCCAGCCGUCUUUUCGCCUCUAAUGUUUGUCGCACAUUCCGGAGACAUACACGCAUUAAAAGCGUUACUUGCACGACAAGAAACCAACCUCGACGAACAAGACAAGAACGGUUUUUCGGCGGUUAUGGUAACCGCAAAACGAGGUUACCUCGAAGCCUUCCGGAUCCUCGUAUACGCCGGAUGCGACGUGAAACUCACGAAUAAAUCCGGUGACACUGCGAUUUCUUUAUCGAAAAAUCACAAAAAUUACGAUAUGUUUGAAAAAGUAAUGGUCGAAUUUACCCUUGAGAAAGGUAACGAAAACGCAAGAGGGUUUUACCCUCUGCAUUACGCUGCACGUCACGGUGACGUGCAUGCGGUCAAACUGUUGGUCAACAGAGGGUACGAUGUAAACAUCCCUGAUGGGGAUGGUUACACCCCCCUCAUGUUGUCGGCACGAGAAGGGAAUGGACAGAUGUGUCGAUUCCUCAUCUCGUGUGGGUCCCUUUGUGAUUUCAAAAACUUGAAAGGAGAAACUGCGCUUUCUCUUGCGAGAAAGAAUAAAAAUGAUGACGUGGAAUCUGUGAUACUAGAUGAGCUGGCGAGGGUUUUAGUUGUUGGAGGUGGUGACGUGUUGAAAUAUACAAAAGGGGGUAGAGGGGUGGUGCAUAGGAAGACGUUGAGGAUGGUGAUUGGUGAAGGGGUUUUGAGGUGGGGGAGUUCGAGGUGUAGGAAUGUGAUUUGUAGGGAAGUUGAGGUGGGGCCUAGUGGUAGUUUUGAGAAGUGUAGGAAGAAGAAGGGGGAUGCUGACAUGGCAGGGGUUUUUAGGGUGGUGACUAUGAAGGGGAAAGAGGUGCAUUUUGUUUGUGAGGGUGGGGUUGAAAGGGCUGAGUUGUGGGUGAGGGGGAUAAGGCUUGUUAGAGGGAGGAUUUAG